CAGUACCGUUAUCAGCCGUUUGAAAGCGUUCAGCUGGUGUUCACCACUGUUGUCAAACAUUGUCGACAAAAGUGGAAUCGUUAAACUACAACGAUUUCUUUGAGGUCGUUUCAUCAUCAUAAUUCGUUUCGUAACGAUAUUAAAUUUGUAAACACGAACGGCAACCGUCGGCCAAAUAUCGCUGCCCGAAACAACUGCGACUGUUGGCCAUCGCCGUCAUGUUUACAGAUGCGAAGAUUGACGACGGUGCAGUUGCGGAAAGGCACACAUCGCGUCAAUUGUAACAAGGACUAUUCCACCAGACCGGCAGCGCAAUAGAGUGAUAACUUAUUAUCACAAUAAUAAUACUCAAAACCAUUGAUAUUAGCAGAUUAUUAGCAGUAUUCAUAAUUAUUCAAAAUCAGAUCAACAUUCAUUAAAAGUAAUCUUUUGUUACAGAAGGAAUAAGGAACAAAAUGACUCUAUUUUACAAGAAUCUUGGUAUGCCAUGCAAAUGCCUAUUAUUAACCAUGAAAAAUGAUCAUGUACUUUUUAGAAAAUUGUCUCAUUAUGUUUCUCAAUACCAAACUAAAGAAAUUUGUAUGGCAAAAAAUCAACUAUGGCCAAUCCGAUGUUAUGCUUCUAUUAAAAAUGAUUCUAAUAAUGAUGAUAAUGGAAAACCAAAAUCUAAAGAAGAAAAUGAUCCAUUGUUAAAAAGUAUACCUGUGAAACAAGUUUUAGAAAAAGUAAAUUUAGAAAAAGUAGUUGAAAAAGUUCAAAGACCUAAAAAAUCUGUGGAUCGAAAUUAUAUUACUGCUCGCCGUGCUAUGACUGAAUUCAUGUUAAAAUCUACUGAUUUGGAAGGCCUUAAAACUAUUAAACGGCGAUCUCCAUUUGAUGAUGAGCCACCAAUAAAUGUGUAUUGGCGAAAAGAUGUUGUAGCUAAAGCAUCUGAAGUUUGGGGGUCUCAAGAAGAGUUAGUAACUGAACUCAUUAAAAGAGAAAUUGAAAGGAAAAAGAAACAACAAACAAUGUUUACAAUUAAAGCACACAGAAGAAGCAAUCGGCGACAAACACUAAAUAAAAAUGAUCUCUUAACACAAAAGUCAUCAGGCCUAUUCGGUGAAUCUGGUCGUGUUGUCUUAAUUGCGGUUUUUAUAAAUGGUAUGAAUACUAUUUUCAAAGGUUUAGCUUGGUUCUAUACAGGAAGUCACAGUAUGUUCUCAGAAUGUAUACAUUCUAUGGCUGAUACUAUUAAUCAAGUGAUUUUAGCUUUUGGUGUCUAUAAAUCUGUCCAAAUAGCAGAUUCAUAUCACCCGUAUGGAUAUUCAAAUAUGAAAUAUGUUGCUUCUCUUAUAUCUGGUGUAGGAAUCUUUUGUAUUGGUUCAGGACUUUCUAUUUACCAUGGUGUAACAGGACUUAUUCAUGCUGAACCAUUAGACUCUUUAUUUUGGGCGUACUUUGUACUUGGUGGAUCAUUUCUAUCUGAAGGAGCAACAUUGGCAGUUGCUAUUAAUAACAUUAUUAAAUGUUCUAAACAAGCAAACAUUUCCUUUUUACAAUAUGUUUUGCGUGGUCACGAUCCUACUGUCAAUGUUGUUUUAUUAGAAGAUUGUGCUGCUGUGUUGUCUAUUGGAGUGGCUGCUGUAUGUAUGUCAUUAACUUCUUACUUAAAUACUCCAGUUCCAGAUGCUGUUGGAUCAUUACUUGUUGGUGGAAUUUUAGGCACAGUUGCUUCAUUUAUAAUUUAUACAAAUACAUCAGCUAUUGUUGGCCGUUCUAUUAGUCAGACAUAUUUAAAUAAAAUCAAUGCUGAGUUGGAAUCUGAUGUUAUGAUUAGAGCUAUAUAUGACGUCAAAGGAAUUGAUAUGGGAAACAGUUUGAUCAGAUAUAAGGCUGAAUUAGAUUUUGAUGGAAGAGAAUUGGCUAAACAAUAUUUAGACCGGCUAGAUCCUGAAGCAUUGAUGGCAGAAGUGAAAGCAAUUGAUAAUGCAGAUUGUGCUGAAGCAUUACUUUUAAAACACAGUGAAAAUAUCAUAGAUAUGAUUGGUGGAGAGAUUGAUAGAAUAGAAUACAAACUUCGUUCAAAAUUCCCAGAAAUAAGGCAUUGUGAUUUGGAAAUACUCUAAGUUACAACAAUUUAGUGUUUGAUACAAGCAAGAAGAAACUUAUUGCUGAAAGUACCAAUUAUAAAUAGGUACUU